AGUGGCAUAAUCGUAAUUAAAUAAAGAAAAAUGUCUCGAACAUUAGUUUUUUUUUAAUAAUUUAAAAUUAGAAAAAUAUAUUUCAAUUAUAACAUUAUGCAACAACAACAAAUUGAAGAUCCAAAUUCACCAUCAUUCAAUUUCUCAUCAUCCAGAAAGAGAGAGAAAAGUACCUUCUCAAUUUCCAUCGACGACUCUCAAAAUCUCACAGAAAGAGAGAGAGAUUCGUAGUGUUUAGUGCGAAACUUCGUUCGUGUAAGCGCAUUAGAGAGAGAGAGAAACAUUAAUGGCGGAAACGAAGGAAGAGAGUAAAUCUAACGAAGAGAGUGUGAAAUUGUUCGUAGGUCAAGUACCUAAACACAUGACUGAAGAUGAAUUACUUACAUUGUUCAAAGAAUUUGCUAUAGUUGACGAAGUCAACAUCAUCAAAGACAAAGCUACUCGCGCUUCUCGAGGUUGUUGUUUCGUGAUUUGUCCUUCUAGAGAUGAAGCUGAUAAGGCCGUUAAUGCCUGUCACAAUAAGAAAACGUUACCCGGGGCAUCUAGUCCAUUGCAAGUGAAGUAUGCAGAUGGCGAGUUGGAAAGAUUAGAACACAAACUCUUCAUUGGCAUGCUUCCAAAGAACGUUUCUGAAGUUGAAGUAUCUGCACUUUUCUCCAAGUAUGGAACUAUAAAGGAUUUACAAAUUUUAAGAGGUUCUCAGCAGACAAGUAAAGGUUGUGCAUUUUUGAAGUACGAAACCAAAGAACAAGCUCUUGCUGCUUUGGAGGCAAUCAAUGGAAAGCACAAAAUGGAGGGUUCAAGUGUUCCUUUAGUUGUCAAAUGGGCUGAUACUGAAAAGGAAAGACAAGCCCGAAGAGCUCAGAAAGCACAGUCUCAAGCUUCAAAUGUGGGACACGCUGAUUCUCAGCAUCCUUCAUUGUUUGGAGCCAUGCCUAUGGGUUAUGUUCCUCCAUAUAAUGGUUAUGGUUAUCAGGCUCCUGGAGGUUUUGGGCUCAUGCCGUACCGCAUGCCGCCAAUGCAGAAUCAACCCGGUUACCACAAUAUGAUGCCCCACAUGAAUCAAGGAAAUGCAUUGCGGCCUGAUCUUGGCCCCAAUAUCAAUCCUAGAAACUAUCAUGUGCCUCCUGCAAGUUAUGUUGGAUCUUAUCCUGCUGUGCCAGGUCUACAACAUCCAAUGGCAUAUCCUGGAGGAAUGAUUAGUCCAAGGCCUAUGAAUAGUCCUCCUGGUUCUGUUUCGCCUUCUGGUGGAAAUGGCAACUCCGCUACAUCAUCAGGGUCCAGCAGAAAUUCUGGCGGUGGUCAGAUUGAAGGACCACCUGGCGCGAAUCUAUUUAUCUAUCACAUACCUCAAGAAUUUGGAGAUCAAGAGCUUGCUAAUGCUUUUCAACCAUUUGGUAGAGUUUUGAGUGCUAAAGUUUUUGUUGACAAAGCAACCGGAGUCAGCAAAUGUUUUGGCUUUGUAAGCUAUGAUUCCCCAGAAGCUGCUCAAUCUGCCAUUAGUAUGAUGAAUGGAUACCAAUUAGGAGGUAAGAAAUUAAAGGUUCAGCAUAAGAGGGACAACAAACCCGGUAAACCUUACUGAUGAAAAUGAACAAUUGAGUUUUGUAUAAUUUACAUUGUAAUUCAUGACAAGUCUAAUGUUAAUACAAUUUGUAAUUUCUGUAACAUUAAAGUUUAUGUAGACAUUGAUUAUUAAUUUAUUGAUUUUUCCCUCA